AUGUCGGCCCCUCAGGAUUCUAGCCGGCCUCUUGAGGACCAUCUACGCAAUUUAAUUCUGAACAAUGCUGAAGAUGCUCCUUCAGACGCUGAGAGGCAACCACCGAAUAUCUCUGUCACAAACUUGACAGACCAGCCAAAGGAAUCUUCUGCACCACUGAAGUCCGCCAAGAAACGUCCGAAUCAGGCCCAGCGCCGCCAGAUGAGCUCGCAGAUCACCAUAGAUAUUGACCCUAGGGCGACUGGCCCCAACUCAUCUAGGCCUCCAGUCGGCCAUCCAGGCUUCAAUAGGGGCCCUCUCCAUGAAUCUCAUUUCCCACCUGAUCACCACCCACACGGACACCGUGGGGGGUUCCAACAUUCACAUCAUCACUGGAGACAGCAUUCUGGACGUGGCGGUAUUCCUACACGAGGAGUGAAUGUCAUGCAAGCAGACGCAUUCGCUGCCAGACCACGAAAUUCACGUGGGGGUCUUUACAAUCCAGAAGGUCACAGACAAUAUGUUGUGAGGCCCGAGGAACUGGCGGCCCAAUCCGAACUCCUGGAGCAACUCUGCGCGGCUGUAGUUCAGACCUCCGAAAUUGAGUACAGCGAAAUACUUGAGAAAGAAGAUUUUCGCAGACAUAUCGAGGCAAUUUGUCGUGCUGUUGUCUCAGAUCAUGAAAGAAUAUCUAAUGGCGCUACAACGUUCCAACCACAAGACGUCCAGUUGAAAUGUUUUGGCAGCCUGGCAUCCGGCUUUGCUACUAAAGCUGCUGAUAUGGACCUCGGCCUCUUGUCCCCGGCUUCGCAAAUUCCACCAGAUGCUCCAGAAUCUCCCGUACCCAGACUUAUCGAACGAGCCCUUCUUGACGCCGGCUUUGGCGCACGCCUUUUGACCAGGACUCGAGUACCAAUCAUCAAGCUUUGCGCGAUGCCAACGUCAGAACUUCGAUCUGAUCUUCUGGAAGAGCGCACGAAGUGGGAACAAGGUCUGAUUGCCGAUGAAACUGAUUUUGUUGAAGAAGAGUCCUCUCCCCACAUUGAAACAUCGAAGGCGCCCAAAGAGGUUGAUAAGGCGGACGCGACCGCGAAGAUAAGCAUUGAAGCAGCUCAGGCAUCAGAGGAUGCUGCUGCCGAGUCGGAGAAAGCACAAGACGUAUCCCCAGAGCGAUUACUAUCUUCGAUCAAGCAGUCUGGUGAUCAAUCCUUGCUUGCCUACCAUAACCAGACGAAGAAGGUGCUCAGACAGUUAGGCGGACGCGACGUCACUCAUUCGAACUUCGGCAUCUUUACGGAAGGUGAUUUCCUCCUCUUAAGCGACGUGAGUGAGGCUUUCGUGGAGGGCCUGAAUGACACGGCGCUUAAACAAAGGGUCAAACUGCACCCAUCAUUCUCUAUAGGAAAGCCGGUACCAAAUCAUCGAACAUUGCAUGGUGUCUGCAAUAUGGUCGAAGGUGAAAAUCUGGUGAUGCUUUGGGAGAACAGAGCAGUUCCCGAUGGAGAUGCCCGAGCAGAACAAGCACACGCCAAGACUGUUCGAUGGUGGGCAGAGCUCCACCAGACACGGCACUUUGGUUCCGAUCCUCUCGCUUUCAACAAGGAGAUGUUUGUGUCUCUGGAGAGGCUGAAGAAAAUCCCGUCGAUCCAACUAAUGCAGCUGCAGCAAGACCAGUAUGAAUCAGCUGCGGACUAUCACGACCGUGCUGUGAAAAUCAUGGCCCAGCUCAGCGCAACUGCUCUUGCGGCCGCGGAGCCUGGUGUCUUGCCACCGCUUAUUCAAUACUAUGUGUCCGGUAUUCAUCAGAAGGCUGUCCGGGAGGUUGUCAAGAAGUUUGUGCAGCGGACUGAUACCAAGAAUAUAAGGGCUGUUGCGCGAAGACACAGAAGCUUGCACCUUGCCGAUGAAUAUGCUAGGGCUCUCGACAAGGGCAGCCUUUACCAACGCGAUGAUAUUCCCAUAGUCAAGGAGUACAUCCACUUUCUGAGAAGCGAAAUGGUCCCGGUCAAUUCCGGUCAGGUCAACGAUUACCAUCUGCCCGUUGAAGAGUCGUUGUUACACAUCUAUGACAGAAUCUUGCAGUUGCCCAACCCAGCAUUGUCAGCAGAGAAUCAACCCAAAGAUCGAUACCAUGACAAGCUCGCAUUUCCACAAUCGGGAGUCGGGGUUCAAUGCGAUAUAAAUUUCUCAGCGCACCUUGCUUUGCAAAAUAGUCACCUCCUACGGUGUUAUGCGGCAACGGACCCCCGUGUUAGGCCUAUCGUACUCUUCGUCAAACACUGGGCCAAAGCUCGGGACAUCAACACACCGUACCGGGGAACUCUUAGUAGCUACGGAUACGUUUUGAUGGUCAUGCAUUACCUCAUCAACAUCGCACAGCCAUUUGUGUGCCCCAAUUUGCAAUUACUCACCCCGCCCGACCCUGAUCUUCCAUCUGAAGCGUUGGAGGGCGUGGCAACCUGCAAAGGCCGCAAUGUACGCUUUUGGCGCAACGAGCAGGAGAUCCAGCGUAUGUCAAGUGAAGGCGUACUCAAUGCCAAUAGAGAGUCGAUUGGCCACUUAUUAAGAGGGUUUUUUGAGUACUAUGCGCAAAACAAUAUGAUGAGCACCACCCAAAAGAGGGGAUUUGACUGGGGUAGAGAUGUCAUUAGCAUGAGAACUCCCGGCGGCAUCCUCAGCAAGCAGGAGAAGAACUGGGUCCAGGCAAGGACUACUAUGCAAAGGCAGAUGGGUGCUCCGCCAACUCCGAUUGAACUGGAUUCACAAAAUGCAAUGAAGUCAUCCGCUGAGCCUCAGAGUCAGCCGAUUGCAAAUCCCGAAUUAAUGUAUGGCCCCUUUGCAUCGACAGAUGGGCCAUUGAAAUCCGACCACGCCUCUAAGCCGCAGGAGCUCAAAGAAGUCCGGCACCGGUUUCUAUUUGCUAUCGAGGAUCCAUUUGAGCAUGAACACAAUGUGGCUCGUACUGUGACGCAUCAUGGCAUUGUGUCGAUACGCGAUGAGUUCCGUCGCGCUUGGCGCAUUAUCAAGCUCGCAGGCAAGGACACAGUUCAGGAGGACUUGCUGGAAAAUGUCAAAGCACAUGCCCAGAUGCUGGAGAGGAAGCAAUUCGCUGAUCUUCUCGCGGAAAUCCAUGGAAACAGUAAAAAUCUGGUGUAG